AUGGCCUCGGCCGGCGACGACGCGCACGAGGUCGACGACAAGUACCUCCGCGACAUUGUCGUCAGCUUCCUCCUGGCCGGGCGCGACACCGUGUCGUCCGCGCUCACCACGCUCUUCAUGCUCCUGUCCAGCAACCCAACCGUGGCGGCCACCAUGCGCGCGGAGGCCAGCGACGAGUCGGCUCCGCUCACGUACGAGCGCCUCAAGCGCCUGCACUACACCCACGCGGUGCUGUACGAGAACAUGCGGCUGUUCCCGCCGGUGCAGUUCGACUCCAAGUUCUGCGCGGGGCCCGACGUGCUCCCCGACGGCACCUACGUGGCCGGCGGCGCGCGCGUGACGUACCACCCCUACGCCAUGGGCCGGAUGCCGCGCAUCUGGGGCGCCGACCACGGCGCGUUCCGCCCCGACCGCUGGCUCACUGGCCCCGGCGGGGCGUUCGUCCCCGAGAGCCUGUACAGGUACCCCGUGUUCCAGGCGGGCCUCCGCGUCUGCCUCGGCAAGGAGCUCGCCGUCACCGAGAUGAAGGCGGUCGCCGUGGCCGUGGUCAGGGCGUUCGACGUCGAGGUCGUCGGGGACAGUGGCGCCGCCGCCUGCGCGCCAAAGUUCGUGUCCGGGCUCACCGCCUCCAUCAGCGGCGGGCUUCCAGUGAGGAUCAGGAGAGUUGUUCGUUAG